AUGGCGCUGACAUCGUGGAAAGCUUUCCGAUUCUUCGAUGUCUCGCAAGUCCGAAUAGCAGAUGGAGAAGGUGCUAUAUCGCUCGAUCAAGCGAAUAUCUCCUCGAUAGGAGCUGGGACAAAUCACAUCUUCGUCGGCACUCCUGAUAGCUACAUUCACCUCCUCGAUCAAACAUUCAAGCCAGCUCGUUCAUGGAAGGCUCACGAUGCCGGCAGCCUCACGCGUGCUGUCCAGAUUCCGGAAACACCUUACCUACUCACUCUGGCCGAGACACUGUCAACUGAGCCCGAAUUGAAAGUCUGGAACCUCGACCAAAGUGAGAAGAAGACCGGGAUCCCGAAAUGUCUCUGUACACUCACCAUUCAGAAUGGACGGAGAAGCUUCCCCGUGACUGCCUUUGCAGUGACGAGCGAUCUUGCGCAGCUGGCUGUUGGAUUCGGGAACGGAAGUGUCACUGUUGUUCGCGGUGAUAUGAUUCAUGAUCGAGGAACGAAGCAACGGACUGUUUUCGAAUCAGAGGAGCCUAUCACUGGACUUGAGUUUCGAGAAGCCAACACCACUGCGCUCUACAUCUCGACGACGAAUCGUAUACUAGCUCUCGCGAUCUCAGGCAAAUCUCAAGGCACACCAGCACGAACGCUGGAUGAAAACGGCUGCGCUGUGGGCUGCAUGACACUGGAUCCUCAAUCGAACGAGAUUGUGGUGGCACGCGAUGAUGCCAUUUACACCUACGGUCCACGAGGCAAGGCUACAUCAUACGCAUACGAAGGCUCCAAGAAGCUCGUUGACGUCUGCAAAGACUACGUUCUGAUCGUGGCACCACCAUCCAACAACCUCGGCCGAGCUACUGGUCUGAAAGCCUUCGCGGGCAGCAGGGCGGAUGAAAUCUUCAACACGAGUACCUUUUCCAUCCUCAACACCGAUCUGAAAUUCAUCGCCCAGUCAGAGUCAGUAUCCAGCCAGAUCAAUCACAUCUUCAACGUCUGGGGUGAUAUCUUUCUACUCACGAUCGACGGCAAGCUCUGGCGCUAUCACGAAAAGACGUUCCAACAGAAGCUCGAGAUCCUCUACCAAUACAACUACUAUGUGCUGGCCAUCAACCUGUCGCAAAAGUACAAGGUCGAUCCUGUACAGCAAAAUGUCAUUUUCCGCAGGUACGGAGACUGGCUAUACCAGAAGGGCGACUACGACACGGCGAUGCAGCAAUACUUGCGAGCAAUCGACAAUACAGAACCGUCUCAGAUCAUCCGCAAAUUCUUGGACAACCAACGGAUACGAAAUUUGAUUGAAUACCUCGAAGAGCUACAUGAGCAUCACAAGGCGACUUCAGAUCAUACCACUCUGCUGCUGAAUUGCUACGCAAAGUUGAAAGAUGUCGACAAGCUUGAGGAGUUCAUCAAGCAACCUGGAGAGCUUAAGUUCGAUCUGGAUACAGCAAUCUUGAUGUGCAGACAGGGAGGAUACUACGAUCAAGCGGCGUUCCUCGCUCGCAGGCACGACGAACACAGCCUUGUUGUGGACAUUCUCAUCGAAGACUUGAAAAAGUAUGCCGAGGCACUGGCAUAUAUCGUCCGCCUCGAACCGAAGGAGGCCUCUCCCAAUUUCAUGAAAUACGGCACAGUCUUGCUGGAACACUGCCCGACUGAAGCCACACAGCUCUUCAUCGACUACUUCACCGGCACCUUCAAGCCGAAGAAAGACGCUGUGGUCAUACAAGAGGUAUCCGUCGCACAGCAACAAGGUGGCUUCGGUACAAUGGCAACAUCAGCCGCUCAAAACCUGGCAGCACUCAUUCCACUACCAUACAUGAGCACGAGCGCAUUUCAAAGAUCGCCUUCAAAGGACGAAACACAAGACACAGUGAGCCAGGCCCAAGUAGUCGAAAGCGUCACAGAAGGCGACUUCAUCGAGUACGAUGUCCCAAAACCUCGCGUCGCCUUCUCCGCCUUCAUCGACCACCCAGACGCCUUCAUCAUCUUCCUCGAAGCCUGCAUCUCCAACCCCAACGUGAACCCCUCCAACCGCGCCGACCUCCACACAACCCUCUUCGAAAUGUACCUCCACAAAGCCACCACCACCUCCUCCUCCGAAAAAUCCACAUGGGAAAAAAAAGCCAAAACCCUCAUCGAAGACCAAGAAGAAAACGCCGCCCCAAUCGACCCCUCCACCAUCCUCCUCCUCUCGGACCUCGAAAAAUUCCGCGACGGCACAAUCCUCGUCUCGGAAAAACAGGGCCUCCGCUUCGACGUCUUCCGCUCCUACACCUCUGCCCACGACACCGCCGGCGCCAUCAAAGCCCUGCACAAAUACGGUCCAGAAGAACCUCAACUCUACCCCGCCGCCCUGGCCUACUUCACCUCUUCCCCCCAAAUCCUCGCCGAAGCCGGCCCCACCGAAGUCGCCGCCGUGCUGAAGAAAAUCGACGACGACGGGCUCAUGGCUCCCCUGCAAGUCAUCCAAACCCUCUCCACCAACGCCGUCGCCACCAUGGGCCUAAUAAAAUCCUACCUCACCACCACCGUCUCGCGAGAACGCGCCGAAAUCGCAGCCAACCGCCGCCUCAUAUCCACCUACCGCUCCGACACGGCGACCAAACUCAUCGAAAUCGACGACCUGGCCACCAAACCCGCCUCUUUCAGCGCCACGCGAUGUUCGAAAUGUGGAACCACGCUGGACCUUCCCACGGUGCAUUUUUUGUGUAAACAUAGUUUUCAUCAGAGGUGUUUGAAUGUGCCGGAUCAUGAGGGGGUGCAGGAUCGGGUUGAGAUUGAGUGUCCGAUUUGUGAGGCGGGGAAUCGCAUUGUACGGCAGACGAGAAGGGCGCAGGAGGAGAGUGCGGGGCGGCAUGAGGUUUUUAUGGAGAGUUUGAGGGGGGUGGAGAGGGAUCGGUUUGGGGUUGUGGGGGAGUGGUUUGGACGGGGGGUGAUGAGUGUUGGUGGGGUUGCAGCAGAAUAG